CUUUCAAUCCUGGUUUUAGUUGAUAACAAAACAAAUAAAGAUGACUGACAAUUGUGAGUCAGCCAUGUUGAAAUGAAAAGGAAAUGGCGCACAUGAGCCAUGGUUUCUCCUUCCACCAUAUUUUCAACACAUACGUGCUCAACCAUGACGUUGUAGACAUGCGAGUUUUCGCAAAGAUGUCAGAACUAGUUUGGUAUUUGACAAGACAUAUCCAUCCGCUUCUACUUGAGGAGCAGGAGCAUCCACGAAAGAACCCGGAUGGACUGUCAUGGCCGCCGUCGCUGUGGUGCCACAGAGAGCUGAAAAGAAAGGCAAAUGUUCUCGCUGUGUUUCUUUUACAGCCCAGCCGUGUUUGAUAAUGUUGGCUCUCAAAGGGACCGAGCCUGAAGUUUCGUCAAGUUAUUGAUUUCUGCUUCAGAGACUGAUGUUGAUGAUUUUCUACCUGCCUACUUCAGAUCCGCAACUACGGACGAAGACUCAAGGUUGCUGUACUGCCCGACACAUUUCAACAUGUCGUCUGUAGAUGAUGCUAAAGACUCUCCACAUUUGAAAGAAAAAGCCCUGCUUAGUGAGGGCAAACCAAGUGAAUCACCCGUUAAGCAACAUGGUUUCACAAGGAGAGCCAGUUGUAAAAUUCAGCAAAGGGCUUUUUUUUCCGGAAACAUCUUGAGUUUUGGCUGCUCCGUGUGUAAGGACGACUGGACAUACAGUCCCAAUGAUCUCCUUAAACAUUUCCAACUAUCCCACAGAGGAAUUUUGCCGACUUAUCCGUGUGAUCUGUGCGGAUUUUUUACAAAUGAAUUUGCAUCUCUUCAACGUCAUCGAAUGGAACACAAAAAUCCUCUGGUCACAUGCGAACUCUGCUCCGACGGACAUCAAUAUUCACUGCUUUUGCUUACGAGACAUCUUGUCGUGCGUCACAGUCGAAACGGAAAGUUUCGCUGCAACUGGUGUGACUUUACGACCGUGGACGCGGGCACAUUUGUACAGCACAUUCAUCAUCAUAAUGAGAGUCCUUGGAAAUGUCCCCAGUGUCAACACAUCAGCUUGAAUGAAGUGGAUCAUCAAGAACAUCUCAAAGCGCACACACUUUUACAUUUCAUUUGUCAAAUCUGCGGAUAUUGUUCGACCACCAUGAACCAUCUUAAAAGACAUGCCUUUUGUCACAACCAACAAAUCCAUACGAAUGUACGGAAGACUUUAGAACACGGAGCUGCUCCUGCAAAUGCCUCACAAAGCUGUCAAAAUAUACUCAUGAAUAUAUGCGAGCGGCAAGAAAUGCAAACGGUACCAAAAUUAAUUGGUAUACCUGUGAUCCUGCCAAACCAAAAUGGUAGAAUGAAAUCAGAGAUGCGUUUAGAGCACUCCAACCAAAUUGUCGAUAGCACGACGGCAAAAAAGGACAAUUUGACUGUAGAACAAUCCCCUCCUGCAUUGUCGCUAGACAAUGGUGGCUCCCAAAGCAAUCAUAACGCACUAACAGUUCUUAUGGUCAAGAAUAAAAUAUCUCUUCCCCCAAAUUGUACAACCAAAGCGAUGGGAUUUAAGGUGGUUGAUGGGAAAAAACAUCUAGUUCUGAAAGUAAUACCAGUCGCCAAGCAAAACGCUUGCCCUCAAGACAGUUCAUCAGUGGGAAUUUUCGACUCCUCGGCCACCAGUUCUGAAUUUUUCAAGCAUCGUGACCUCGACGAGAAUAGUGAACAAUCUGCAGUUGAGAGCGCCACGUCACAUUGCUUUGCUGCUCCACUAGGAAGUGGAUCUUGCGUACCGACUGAGGAUAUCGUGGCUGUUAAAGUCAAGAUUGAAGAGGAAGAAACAUCUGUUUUCACUCUCGAGUCUCCUUUUCAUGGUGAUGAUUUUGGGGCUAAAUGUGGUGAUUCUGUAAAUGGUUCAUUAACUUCUACUGCAGAUACAAUAUAUCCAGGGACAAAUAUUCUUAUUCCCGAUGUCCGCCGAAGUCCUCCAAGCCAAACAGCUUGUGCUGAAUUUGAUGUCGUCAGCAAAUCAACCUUGGAAAAAUCUGAGACCAUUUCUAAAAAUGGAGGUAAAGUGUCAAAUGUUGGGGUUGACUCAUCCACUUAUCAUCCUUUAAAUGUUUCCCCGGAGACGUUCCAGACAAAAUCGAGCAGCACCACCAAAAUUGAGAAUCGCGAAGCAGUACGUGAGGGAGAGAUAACCAAAACGAGAAAAGAACAUAAAGAGACUUCUGUGAUUUUGACUGGAAAUGCAGACCAGGUUAUCCAAAGACCUCCAGAAACUACAGACAGUGCAACAGCCGGUAUUGGAUACGUAAAUGAUGACCAACAUUGUCAGAAACAUUUAAAAAAUUCGGCUCCUUCAGCAGAGUUGGACUCACCUGCUUCAUUUGGAGAAAGUGCAAUGAGAGAACAAAAUUCUUUAAACCACAGAGUAUUCAGUUUUCACAAUUAUUCCAAGGACGCAUUUGAUAUUUCAUCCAGUGCAUGUGAUGGUAUGCCUGGAAUUACUGCAGGCGGAGAAAUGAAUGGCAUAUCUAAUUUUGCUCUCCCUUUGUCCGAGUUUUCGAAUCCUUUAGAGGAGGUUGAAUGUCCUGCUACCGAUGAUGAAAACACAGACUUGGUUCUCGAAGAUUUUAACGUUGUAAAAGUUGAGGAGGAACUCAUUCCUUUAUCUAAUAAUUCACAGGAUAAGAAAAGUACUUCAUCCGUUCUAGAUAGUUUUAUGGAACAACACGCAGAUGCAAUAAUUACACAACUUCGGAAGGAAAGAAUUGAAUCUUCACUUUCCGACGAUUCCUCCGAACAAACAGAGUCUAUUGUACAAAAUCUUAAAGUGCAAGAUGAAAUGCAGCGAGAGGUUUUGAAAAAUAAUGAGCAAACCCUUGCCCAGCCAAUGCAGAUCAAGGCCACUCCGAGUUUUCAACUAAUUACUAGUUGUGUAAAUCCUCAAAUAAAUGUCUCUUAUAUGAAGUCUAGGUUAGUAAGCGAAAGAAGUCCUACCGGUAGGACGGUUCUUCCAAAAGAAUCAAAUAUAGGUUCUCUUAAGCCAGGAGCUAGUGAUAAAAUAACACUUGGUUCUUCUACGCAAACUAGUAUCUCGCCACACUUCCUGAUUAAUAGCCCAAACCUAAAAGGUUCUGUUCUUCUUUCAAGUAAACCACUUAAUAAUUCCAAAGAGAAAGUCCCUCAAACGUGCUACUUGGUCCCGAGGUCAAUUCCAUUAGUGCAAGCGCCAACUAGCUCUGUCCUCAUGCAAGCCAGUGCAAAACUGAACUCCAGACCCGUUCUGUCCACGCCUGCUGACAAAUCUCAUCAAAUGCAGACCGGUCGCCAAACAUUUCUCCUCCGCUAUAUUUCUACACCCAAGUCCAGCAUACUUUUUAAUCAUCAAGAAAUAAAAUCCGUCCCUCAGUCUUGCCAUACCUGGGAAAAAAGGGCCAACAAAGUUGUAUAUAAAAUUGUCCGGCCUCCAAUGAGCAUGCUUAAAAGUGACCCACCCUCCUCCAGUUCUCAUCCUUUGGUUUUGACCAACUCACCUGAAACCCAGUGUGUUCUCAUGUCUUCGAACAAAACAAAUCCCAAUUUGUCCAACAACCUGGAAAAGAUAAUUUCCCAGCCUAAUACAGCGCCAAAUGUCCCGGAACCGACGCCACUAUUGAUAAAAGUUAGCGACGGGGAUAGGCCUCGGCUGGCCCCGAGGCCAAUUCGACCUCCGAGUGGAAGAAAAAUCCGCAGGAAAGUGCUGUUCGACGAGCUUACGACAACGGCGCAUAAAGCGAGAAGAGUGGCAAACAAAGUACAGACUGAAAAAGACACGACUGUAUGUUGGAGUCCCGUAUCAAAAGAAGUUGAAAGAACACUAAGACUUGCCCCGUACAACUGUCUACAGCAAAUUAAAUGCCCCCGUCGAUACCAGCCUGUGGUGGUGCUAAAUCACCCGGAUGCUGAUAUUCCCGAAGUGGCUAAUAUUAUGAAGGUAAUUCAUCGACACAGAGGCGCCGUGGCUAAAGUGUCACUGUCGCAGAAAACGGUUAAAGCGCUCGCUGAGCUCGGCACCCUCGGAGGGGAGAUGAUGACUAAAGACGUCCUGCUACAAAGCAAAGUGCCGAGCCCCCGAGCUGUUCAGAGUUCAGUCCGGGAGAGGUUCCUUCUCAAAUUGAAGCUCAAGAAGAAAAGCAAAAAAAAGUAUCAAGUUGUGGAACCGUUAUCACGCAGUAGAAAAAAGACAGUGAUGUUUGACUGCUGGUUCUGUGGCCGUCUAUUUAGCAGUCAGGAACAGUGGAUUGGCCAUGGCCAGCGACAUCUCAUGGAGGCAACUAGGGACUGGAAUAAACUGUUUUAAAAGUUUUCCAUUAUCUUUUUAAAUAAGUGAACAGAGGAUUAGAGCUGUAUGUACAUAGUGUGGCAUUUUCUCUUUGUAAAUGCAAACUGUUUUAUUUGUAGUACAUAUUUUUUUUGUUUUUUUCUGGAAAAUUAAAUGGAGUUUAAAAGAUCUGUCAUACAUGGGUUUUUGAAUGGGGUACUGCACGCUACACGUCACUUCCGCUGAAUAAUAUUCAUGAUGUUAGCUACUGUUAGCCAGCUUUUAGCUAAGGGGGGGACAAGCUUCUGUUUGUCCCCAUAACUAAAUGAAUAGAAAUAGUGUAUGAAGGAGAUGUUUACAGAGCUAAACUGACCAAUUCUGUCUGAAAAUGAUGUCCCUGGCGCCAAAUAACUGGUAAAGAUGUGGAAGAGCAUACAAAUGUUCAGUUAAAGAGAUGGCUUGAGUGUCGAGGGCUAAAAAAGAGCCGGGCUCAUCCACACACCACCUAAAUUAUUUUUAGGUCAUUCAUUGUCAGACGCAAGCACCACGGCAAAACGCCACGCUAAAAAAAAAAAGUAAAAAUAUCAAAAUGGCUUACUUCUUCGUCCUCCGCAGUACCAUGACCCACAACAAAAUGUUUACUGCAUAUGAAAUGCAAAUGGCUUCACUUUGCUGGCAUUAAACUUGUCUUUUGGACGUUUGCGCAAGUUGACCCAUUUUUCACAUUUUUUCCUCAGUUUUUGUUUUCGGGAAUUGUACGAAGAAAACACCCUUCAUAUGUCGUCAUGUCUAGUCGUUUUCUACAAGUUUCAUAGUAGCAUUGGUUGAGCAGUAUUUUCUUUUUUGAAAGAUAGCAGAAAUAUAAUGGAUUUAAUGCGAGGGCGUGUCUAUAAUGUCCCACUUCGGCUCUAUGACCGCGAAACACGGUCUAAAAAUAGCAUUCGUGCAGUACGCCAUUGUGAAUUAUGAUUUACUGUAAUUUAGAGGCGAGUAGGGUUGCCAAACGUUCCUUGAAAAACAAACGUUCAGUAUUCAGAAACAAAAGUAGCGUCCCUUAUUGAGCUUUAAAGGAAAGCGCUUUGUCCUGUACAGGUAGUCCCCGGAUUUUGAACAGGUUCCAUUCCUACACUGGUGAUGUAAUAACCUGAAUUUCUGCAUAAAUUGGAAUUAAGUACCCCAAAAUCAAGGACGUAGUUUUGCAUAGGGACGGUAGGGACAUAACACUACCAACUUCUCAGGAUGCUGAAAUUGUCCCCACCAACUUUUAAGCAACGUUAUUUGCAUUAUAUAAUGACUUCAAUCAUACUCUGGUAUGUGCUAUUUCGGCGGACGAAACUUUGAUAAAUGCACUUUUUAAAGUUUCGCGAGCUCUGGGACACUCGAAAGAUGACUCCUACCUCUCCUUGCUAAGCUAAAUAGUAGUUUGAUGUUCAUUUGUGUGGAAAUAUAGUUCACCAUCAACAACAAAAAACAAUUCACCUUCUCACUGAAACUAGUAAAACUCUUUAUACGGCUUUUAUAAUGCCUCCUACGACUUGAAAUUGGAAAAGUUGCUGUUUUCUUGUGCAACAAUGAAAAAUAAACGCAUUGGUGAUUGGGACUACAGUAAAUAUUCUUGCUGCGUUUCACUUCCUGGUAGCAUCUACGUGGCACAUUUUUUUUUUCCGCCAGAUGAACUCUGGCAAAAGCCUCAGUAUGCUACGUGUUUACAAGGGUUGAAGUUCCAUUGUUUUCAUGACAAACUUGUAAUUCAUAACACCAUUGUAGUUGCAAUUCAGAGCUAAACCAUGAGGUCUGUCUUGUUGGUCAUACUAUUGAAUGAGUUACUUUCGUUUAGUGAUUUGUGAAUAAUGCUGAAAUAAUAAUCGCGCUGAAUUAUCACAGGGA